AUGAAUUGGUUUGCUGCCCAGAAAACCUGUAUGCAAAUGGGAGGACAACUGGCGGUCAUCCAGGACGAGCAGGAACUGGGAGCUUUAAGAUCGAGAAUCACCAACGACGCAAGUUACUGGCUAGACAUCACCGACUUGGUUAACCAGGGCGAGUUCGAGUCCUGGACCACCGGCACGAGGGCUCCUUUCUUAAAGUGGAGGUCGGGUGAACCCAACCAUGCCCGAGAAGGAGAACGAUGCGUUGAUCUCAAGCAAGGCGCAAUGGUCGAUGAUUGGUGCGAGAAUGGGUACUAUUUUAUUUGCCAAGGUGGCGAAGGAAAUUGA